AUGAUUUACCUGGUUCACACAGCUCACCGGCAGUUCCUGGCCCUGAUCGUCGGGUCAGUGGCCUGGAUUCUCAUCACGACCACAGUCGGCCUCAACGAGUGGCGGCUGUGGCAUGUGGCCAAUGUGUCAGUCAUCACCUCGGGCCUGGCCUGGGUGGGCAUCUGGAGGACGUGUUUCUACAGUCACGCCCUUCCCGAAAUGGAGAACUGUCAGAGCAUCAGCAUCUCGGACGAAUUCGCCCCUGUAGAGAUCCCCGUGGCUCAGGUGCUGAUGCUGCUGGGGGUGGUCUGCGGUGUGGCGGCAAACAUCAGCGGUGCGGCGGCCAUGAGGUUGGCCUACUUCUCUGUUAAGGACCAUAGGAACAUAAGGCUGGUCUUUGUGAUGGCAGGGACCCUGUACUUGCUGACAGGGGUGUCCUGCUUGGUGCCGCUGGUAUGGAACAUGAAAUCUGUGCUGGAGAACAACACCAUAGAUUUUCCUCCAGAGUUCCACCUUCCUGCAGCUCCUGUCAGGCAGCAAGUCGGCUCAGCCAUCAUGGUGGGCAUGUUUGCCUCCAUAUUGAUGCUCAUCAGCGGGCUGCUGUUCCUUUCCUACCACUAUGUCUGGAAGGCCCUGAACUUGGAGGACCCCAAAGACACCAAAGACCCACUCCACGGUCCCUGGACAGAAACCACCCUGGCUCAGAAGUCUGACUUACCGAAAGGAGACGACCACGGCAGGGAUAAUCCUACAUUUCGCAGUGAAGAAGCCUAA